AUGCUGUCUCCGAGGCUAUCUGCACCUUCUGCCUCUCUUCUACGCUUCCUACGGUCACAGUCUGAAUUCUCCGCCUCGCCAUCACCAUGCGCUUAUCCAAAGCGUCUCGCCAACCGCGAUAAAGCCUUCUCGACAUGGUCCCCGAGACUCUCGAGUUGGAUACGCGCCGAAGCACCUCACCAUGGCUCUACAGCAAUUGACACCAGCCUACACAGCAUUCAAAAUGGGAGACAAAAUUCCUCCAGAAUGCUGCCAUCAUCGGUGUCAACGCCGCUCAAAUUCACGCGCCAUGCGUCGACCAAAGGCCGGCCUCUGCUCCGACGACUUUUCCCCUUCAGGCGAAAUCAAGCUUCAGAGUACAAGAACGAAGGUCCGUCCGGCCCGGGGCUCAUGGACGAAGGGACGGAAGGAAUGUUCAAUAUUGGCCGUAGUCUGUCAGCCAAGGCGACGAACGAGCUGCGAAUACGAUGCACGGAAUUCGACAUCAACGGCGAUGUCACACUUGUGAAUGGAGAGUUCAGGAAGCAGGAGCUGAUCGCCAAGUACGGGCUUCUUCCUCGAGAUCUCCGCAAGAUCGACUCGUCCACCCUCCCCCAUAUUUUAGUGCGACCUAGCGCCAUCCUCAUCAAUCUCUUGCAUUUGCGAGUCCUCAUCAAAGCGGACCGGGUACUUGUGUUCGACGCGUACGGAUCAACGGAUUCGUACAUGCAAUCGCUGUUCGUUUACGAUUUAGAAGGAAAGCUCCGCCAGAGACAAGUCCAGGGCGUCGCUCAGCCUAGUCAACCGCUGCCGUACGAGUUUCGCGCGCUGGAAGCCGUUCUCAUUAGUGUCACGAGUGGUCUGGAGGAGGAGUUUAACGGAGUGAGAGAUCCCGUUGUGCGGGUUCUGCGUGCGCUGGAGGAGGACAUUGAUCGCGAUAAGCUUCGGCAUCUUUUGAUCUACUCCAAGAAGCUGGGUACAUUUGAGCAGAAAGCCCGCCUGGUUCGAGAUGCUAUCGACGAUUUGCUGGAGGCAGACGACGAUCUGGCAGCAAUGUACCUCUCCGAAAGAGCUAUUGGCAAAGAGCGAGAAGAGGAUGAUCACCAAGAAGUGGAAAUGCUUCUAGAGUCAUACCACAAAGUGUGCGAUGAAAUCGUCCAAGCCAGUGGCAACUUGGUAACUAACAUCCGCAACACCGAAGAAGUUGUCAAGGCCAUUCUCGACGCGAACCGUAACUCGCUCAUGCUCAUGGACCUCAAAUUCAGCAUUGGAACACUCGGCCUCGCAACAGGAACUCUAUUCUCCGCCCUCUACGGCAUGAACCUGAAGAACUUCAUUGAAGAAUCCGACUUCGGCUUCGGCGGUGUCUCAGUAAUCUGCUUCGGUCUCACCGGUAUCGUCUGCGUCUACGGCCUCGCCAAAUUGCGCAAGCUCCAGCGAGUCCGUAUGUGGGGUGAAUCAGGCGUGGGAGGCUCCUCCUUCGCUGCACUUUCUCCCAAGCGCGGCGUCCUCGGCGGAAACCGCAAUAAUUGGCGCGCGGAUUCCAUUGAGCCGGUUUGGGGCAGUCUGCCAGGCGAAGCCCGAUCCGAGCGCAUGAAACGUCUCAAGGAACACGCGGCUCAGACUGCAGCCCAGGCUGCGGCGAGAAACAUCAAAUCGGCACAUGCUACUUCCCAGGCCGCUGCGCAGGCUUCGGCUUCGGCAUCUGGCAAGGCUCGUGCGGCAAGCGGCAAAGCUACUGGAAAGGAGGCGGGUGCUCAGGCUGAAGAGCCUGUGGUUGAGCCUGCCACCAAGUCCGUUACAUGA